GAGUGGUCCCCGACGGGCCGGGGUGCCGCAUCCGCGGGAAGAGGCGCGGGGUACAGCCUUUAAAACAUAUAAAAAUAGCUUCCAAAAAAGCUCUAGUCGUGGCUAAAGGAGCAGAGGAAAUGGAGACCCUCAUCCUUGUAGAUGUCAUGAGGCGAGCUGGGGUAAAGGUCACCGUUGCAGGUCUGGCUGGAAAAGACCCAGUACAGUGUAGCCGUGAUGUCAUGAUUUGUCCUGAUGCCAGUCUCGAAGAUGCAAAAAAAGAGGGACCAUAUGAAAUGCUGGUUCUACCAGGAGGCAAUGGGGGUGCACAGAAUUUAUCUGAGUCUGCUGCUGUGAAGGAGAUACUGAAGGAACAGGAAAACCGGAAGGGCCUGAUGGCCGCCAUCUGUGCAGGUCCUACUGCUCUGCUGGCUCAUGAAAUAGGUUUCGGAAGUAAAGUUACAACACAUCCGCUUGCUAAAGACAAAAUGAUGAACGGAGGUCAUUACACCCACUCUGAGAAUCGGGUGGAAAAGGACGGCCUGAUUCUUACAAGCCGUGGGCCUGGCACCAGCUUUGAGUUCGUGCUUGCAAUUGUUGAAGCCCUGAACGGCAAGGAGGUGGUGGCUCUGGUGAAGGCUCCACUUGUUCUUAAAGACUAGAGCAGCAAAAUGUGACAGUCACCUAGAGAAACAGGCCUUAGGAAUCUAUUCUCACUGUGUUCGCUGUGAACAAAACAAUGGUAGGUUAAUGUGUUCCUAAGCUGCCCUCACUACUGCUUUUGUGAAGCAUAGUUUUGAAGUCAUAACUACACAGAGAUCUUCCAACCUACAAAUUGUGUCUAUACAUUUCUAAGCCUUGUUUGCAGAAUAAACAGGACAUUUAGCAAAAA